AUGUACAUGGACAUGGACAUGGACAUGGACAUGGACAUGGACAUGGACAUGGACAUGGUGCCCCUCGGCAAGGAGCGCGCUCCGGCGCCGUCCACGACGUCGUCCGCCGCCGAGGAUGCGGCGCCGGCGCAGCACUCGCGUAGGCGCGCCGGCGUCAUCCGGCAGGCGCAGCCGGAGGCGCCUGGGCAUCAGCUCGCCGCCUCGCACGCUGCUGCAGAGAAGCGCAAGGCCAACAAGAUGACGCCGACGGAGCGCAAGGCGAAGCGCACGGCCGACCAACAGCGGCGGCGGGCCGCCGCCCG